AGAACUAAUGAGCUUAUUUGACAGAUGUCGAGAAUGUGGAGGUCCAACAGAAAGAGGAAUAAAGAGAGAAUGUGGGACAGCAGUUGAAAUAAUGUCUAAAUGUAAAAACCGAAAUUGUGGUUUCUUUUACGAGUGGUGCAAUCAGCCCAGACAUGGACAACUGUUCCUGUUUAACAUAUUGUUAUCUGCAGCUAUCCUUGUUUCAGGGUCUUGUAUUACAAAGUUGCUGAGAGCUUUAAGAUUCAUUAACAUUGCUGUAUUUAGUGACAGGACUUUUUUCUAUCAUCAGAAAUGGUAUUUGCUGCCAGCAACAUCUUGUAUCUUUGCUGCACAAAAAGAAGAUAACUUUCAAAGUGAAAUUAAUGCAUCAGGGGACAUGCGGUGUGACAGUCCAGGCCAUACUGCAAAGUAUGGAACAUACACGAUAAUAAAUGCCGACUCACAGAAAGUGAUGCACAUUGAAGUUGUUCAGAAAGAUGAAUGCCCCAACUCUUCAUCGAUGGAGUUAGAGGGGUUGAAAAGAGCUCUUGCAGUCCUAAGAGGACAUGGGGUUGAAAUAAAGAGAUUUGUGUCCGAUCGCCAUAGCAGUGUGGCUGCCUAUCUAAGAGAUACUGUCAAAACAAUUAUCCAUUACUUUGAUGUUUGGCAUAUUGCCAAAGGAAUAAGAAAGCAGAUUCUUAAAGUUAGUAAACAGAAAGACUGUGGUAUCAUAGGCAGGUGGACUCAAUCCAUAAUAAACAUGGUGUACUGGAUAGCCUGCACCACUCCUGAAACUGACAACAUUGACAGAGAUGGUGAACUACGAAAACAGAAGUUUCAGAGCAUUUACAACCAUGUGAGAGGAAUUCAUGUCCAUGACACUCACCUGUAUCCCAAAUGUUUGCAUGGUGAACUAGAACCUCGCGACUACAUAUCGCCAAGUAAGUAUUGUCAGUCUUUGAAUACACAAAUGAAGUGCAUUUCUUGAUUUGUCUUUGUACCAUUGUGAUAUAAAAAUAUAUUGUGAAUGUUGGAUAUUUUAUGACUUGCGAAAAAUAAUAUAUUUUAAUUAUUUAUUUGAAUACUUAAAGAUGUA